CACUGGUGUUCGGGUUUCCAUAUUUUUGAUAUUCGAUAGCAAAACAGUGAACGCCAGUCCAUAUUGGUAGAAUGAAGUUUUUUGGACUUGCUGCUUUGGCGGGAGCGCUCGGUACGGCGGCAGCAGUGGCACUCCCCGGUGGAUAUGGCCAUGUGAAAGCCGGAACAGCUGUCGAGUACACUUAUCCGGCCAAGCUUCCUGAGGUCAAGUGCGGUAACCAGUUGCUGAUCGGAUGCAACCCACUCCAUAGCAUUGUUCCAUGCCACGGCCAUGUGGCUCCUGCGGCUCAUCAUUACGAAGCACCGGCCCAUCAUGAAGCUCCGGUGGAGCACCACGAGGAACCCGCGGAUCAGUACGUAGGUCUGUCGGAUCCGAUUGUGGGUGGCCGUAAAAAGCAUAAGCACCACCAUGGACACCAUGGACACCAUGGCCAUCAUGGACAUCAUGGACAUCACGGGCACCAUGGACAUCAUAGACAUAAGAAGUUCCUUCACCAUCACCAUCAUCAUCAUCAUCAUAGGCAUUAAAGAGUGAACCGGUAUAUGACUUAUCUUGUUGAGAAGGUUCACAUGAAU